UCUCUUAAAUAGGUUGAGCAGUUGAUCAAAGAUGAAGCAAUAAAUGCAGCCUAUGAAUUGCUGGAAUGUUUUUGUGACUUCAUUCUCGUCCAAUUCUCAUACAUUCGGAAAACUAAGUAAGUACCAUCAAAUAUGGUGGAUUGUCUUUCAAUGUAUAUAUUUUCUUCUAAGUAUUAAAGGUUUUUGUUCCUUUGGUUCAUUCAGAGACUGUCCAAAUGAUAUUCAUGAAGCAAUUUCUAGUCUCAUAUAUGCCUCUCCAUGGUGUGGUGAACUACCUGAGCUUCUGCUGAUUCGAAGGCUCUUCGCAAAGCGAUAUGGACAGAAUUUUGCAACAGUUGCUCUUGAAUUGUCUCCUGGGAAUCAUGUUAACCUUCAGGUGAAGGAAAAACUUUCCACACUGUCAAUUUCUGAGGACAUGAAGCAAAAAUUGGUGAAUGAAAUUGUCAAGGAGUAUUGCCUCACACCAGAUAUUUUAGCACUUGAUUACUAUUAUGAUUGGGCAGAACAGAAGGUACCUUAA